AGUAAGUACAGCUAUGCAAUUCAGUUAAUAAAUAUACAGUACAACACUGACAACAGCAACAACAAGAAAUGGAGAAAGAGAUCAAGAUUCUGGUUCUGAUUAUCGGUGCAGGACCAGCCGGAUUAGCAACAUCAGCUUGUCUUAACCGGUUAAACAUACCAAACAUAGUAGUGGAAAGAGAUGAUUGCAGUGCCUCUCUGUGGAAAAGAAGGUCUUACGAUCGUCUCAAGCUUCACCUCGCAAAGCAAUUCUGUCAACUCCCUUACAUGCCAUUCCCCUCAAACGCUCCUACCUUCGUCUCCAAGCUAGGGUUCAUCAAUUACCUUGACGAAUACGCCACACGUUUCAACGUAACCCCUAGGUACAACCGGAAUGUCAAAUCCGCCUACUUCAAAGAUGGUCAGUGGAUUGUGAAGGUGGUAAACAAAACUACGGCGUUAAUAGAAGUCUACUCGGCGAAGUUUAUGGUUGCUGCGACGGGGGAGAAUGGCGAAGGUGUGAUUCCAGAGAUUCCGGGGCUUGUAGAGAGCUUUCAAGGAGAGUAUUUGCACUCAAGUGAGUACAAGAACGGCGAGAAGUUCGCCGGAAAAGAUGUUUUGGUCGUCGGAUGUGGAAAUUCCGGCAUGGAGAUUGCUUAUGAUCUGUCUAAGUGCAACGCUAAGGUCUCCAUCGUUGUUCGUAGCCCGGUGCACGUGUUGACGAGAUGGAUCGUAAGGAUAGGAAUGUCGUUGCUCAGGUUUUUCCCGGUAAAAUUAGUUGACCGUUUGUGUCUAUUACUAGCGGAGCUGAGCUUUGGGAAUACUUUGAGAUAUGGGCUUGUAAGACCCAAGAAUGGCCCAUUCAUGAAUAAGCUAAUCACCGGCCGGUCACCUACCAUUGACGUCGGCUGCGUCGGAGAGAUAAAGUCCGGCAAGAUUCAGGUUGUGACGUCUAUUAAACGUAUAGAAGGGAAGAGAGUUGAAUUCGUCGAUGGGAACACCAAAAAUGUGGACUCCAUUGUCUUCGCAACUGGUUACAAAAGCAGCGUUACAAAAUGGCUUAAGGUCGAUGAUGGAGAUCUGUUCAACGAGAAGGGGAUGCCGAAACGCGAGUUCCCGGAUCACUGGAAGGGGAAGAAUGGUUUGUAUAGUGUUGGGUUUGGGAGACAAGGCUUGGCUGGUAUUUCAAGAGAUGCUCAAAACGUUGCUAGAGACAUUGCUUCUCUGGUUUGUCAGAGAAGUAAGAACAAGCUUUCCAAAUAAAUUAGAUAAUUUUGAGUUAUUACAUGUCAAAAACACAAUUGUUGAAUAUGACACAAACAAGUGAAAAAAAAGAAAACAUUAUUGAUGAGUGAUGACACAUUGCAAGAGCUUACAUUGUGGACAGAGUUAUCAGAAUCUCAUUACUUUGUUUCCCCAAGAGCGUUUCUGAGGUUAGAGUACUUGGUUUCGAGCUCAAACCAUGAAUCCAAGUUAACCAAACGUUAAAACUCCUCGAAAGUUAUCAUCUUUUCUAAGUGAUCUUUGGUGGUUCCUUUCUCCUUGAGAAUCUUGAGAACAUGGACAAGAGCAGAUGAUUCUGUCUUCAGUUUCUCUGUCUGGGCCUUCUCUGGCCCAAGAUCUGUUUGAUCUGUUUGAAUUAGAAACGUGUUGUUGUUUCUUUGUUUCUUCCCUUUUCUCUUCAGUGAGAAAAAACGACAUAGUAGUUUCGAGAGAGAUAGCUAGGGUUUCCUUGUUACUUUGCUAUAUUAAAAACCCAUUUGGCGGCAGGAAAUUUAUCCAUCUGGGUGCGAGAGAGAGAGAGAAAUAGCUAGGGUUUUCGCAAUGAGAGCUAAUCGUCGUGCUUAUGAUGAUUGUGGUAUUUCGGGGCCAUAUCGUCAGUUUAAGCGUAGCCACUGGCCUACGGAAUUUGAGCGACAACCGAAGAAACCCGCUGAAUCUGAUAAGCUAGCCUCCGCCGAAUCUGAAAUUCAGGAGGAAGACUUGUCUGAGGCAACUACUUCCACUUCCUCAAGCAUGCAAACAGCUCCUCUUCCUCCUAUCAAGUUGUUGGAAGAUGUGAUUCCUCCACAAGCUGUGUUUUUCAAAGGCAAGAAUAAGACUCGUUUUAAAAGAAAAAGCAAGAACAAGAAACUCGUCAAAGCCAAAGCCAAAGCCAAAUAAAGAGGCAUUGUCCCUCUUUUUUUUUUUUUAUAUAUAUUUUAUUUCCCCAAGCACUUGUUGUGCCCUUGUGAGUUUAAACCCUUGUGACUUCAAACCUAUGUUAUGACAUUAAUGGAUUUCUCUUUUUUAACAA